AUGGAUUUCAAAGCUUACCUUGCCUCCUCCAGUGAAGAAAAUUCUGAAAGUGAUGUUGAAGUCUCGCGUCAAAAACUUAGGAAUCUCUUGAAUGAAGCGGUAUCGCAUGACCAAUCGGAUGUGGAACAGGAAAUGGAAAUCACAUUUACACCUGGGUUGAGAGAAAUUACCGAGGAAACCUCGGAAAACAAGCCUGUCGAGAACGAAACUACCAUUGAAGCAUAUAAGCGCAAACAACUCGAAAGAAAGAAAAAGAAAAAGGCUACGAGAAAAUUAAAUAGUAUCAAUGAAGGGAAAACCGAGGACAUCAAUAUCAAUUUUGAUGAUCCCUUUUUCUCAAGUUCGAGGUCAAAUAAAUCUAAAGGUGUACAUAAGAUGUCUCAGCAAGAUCGCAUGGAGAUGAAUCGAAAAAAGGCAGAAUUGGAACUUCUUGUCGCUGGUGACGAAGACGAUCAUGAAAGACGGCAUUUUGACAUGAAAGAAAUCAUCAAGAAUGAGAAAAAAAAAGGCAGGAAAAAGAAACUCGACAAAGGCGCACAAAAUGAUAACGACUCGUUUGAAAUAAACACGGAUGAUUCUCGUUUUGCCGCCUUGUACAAUUCACAUCAUUUUGCGAUCGAUCCCACCAACUCUCAUUUUAAAAAGACGAAAGCCAUGUCCAGAUUACUAGAAGAACAGCGAUUCGACAUGAAUGGAAAGGACAAACGAAACAUAACCGAAAAGAAUGAGGUUCUUUCCUUCUCGUGA